CUAUAAUAACCCUUUGGCUAUGGUCAUGCCUUGUCUACGAGUAGACUCGUUUUGAAGCACACAUAUAUAGAAUUGAAUGUCUAACCAGGUUAUUUACUUGCAUACGUAUCCGCAAUAGGGACUUGUUUUGUUAUUCGAAUGGAUGUGAAGGAUACAUUCGUAAAUCAAUACCUCACCCAGGAGCUUGCAAGCUAUUUUCGACCGUCGACGACGUCAUACGCGUUCAACCUUAGGUACAUUAACCUAGGUACUUAGUACUAAAACUCAAUGGGUCGUCUAGAACCUCAACCUCCACCGGCCCGGCCGCAGCGUCGACGUACAAUAACCACCGCAGGCGUCGUAUUCACGAUACUACUGACAGCUUGGCUAUGCUACUACACACGUUAUAGCGAACUACUAUUCCCCGUAGCGUCCACAGCAAUGCCGCAAGACGCGCUCUCCCAACCUCACGCCUCCCUUACGAAACCAACCCUCCUCGCCUCCUUACCUCCUUCCGCCCUCCCCAAACCCCACGGCGGCCCGGAAUCGCCGCGCCUCAUCAUCAUCGGCGACGUGCACGGGCAGUCUGCCGCGCUGGACGCGCUGCUGGCCAAGGUCGGAUACUCGCGCGCGGGCGGCGACGUGGUCAUCUUUACCGGGGACAUGGUGAACAAGGGCCCCGACAGCGGGGGCGUGGUAGACCGCGCCGUGGCCAUGGGCGCGUACAGCGUGCGCGGCAACCACGAAGACCGGGUGCUGAGGGCGUGGGACGAGAUGCAGGCCGCCGGAACCGGCACGGACGCCGAUUCGGAAACGGAGACCGACGAAGACGAAAAAACAGAAGCAGGAGACGACGACGACGCGGAGACAGGGACGGAAUCGAAGAAGAAACACAAGAACAAGAACAAGCACAAGCAUAAGAACAAGCAUAAGCAUCAUAAGAGCAAGAAGGGCGACCGCAAGACUGCGAAGAGUCUCACCUCCGCCCAGCGCUCCUGGCUCGCCGCGCGCCCCGUCAUCCUGCGCCUCGGCACCGUGUCCCCGUACUACGGGGACGUGGUCGUGGUGCACGGGGGCCUGGUCCCCGGCGUGCCGCUCGAGAAGCAAGACCCGCAAGUGGUCAUGAACAUACGGACCAUCAUCACGCCCUCCUCAUCCUCGUCCUCUUUCUCCUUCCCCCCCGAGUCCCCCGAGUCCCUCUCGCCCUCCCACCUCAACCUCAAACCCAGCGAGGGCCGCGAAGGCCACCCGUGGUCCAAGGUCUGGAACGCGCUGGAGAAGGAAAAGCAAAAGAAAAGGGGGAAGGCGCGGCACGGGGACCCCGCCGCCGGGCCCCCGACCACCGUGGUCUACGGCCACGACGCCAAGACGGGGCUGAGCGUGCGCCGGUACGCGUUCGGCAUCGACACGAACUGCGCGCGGGGCGGGGCGUUGACGGCGCUCGUGUUCGAGCCCACGUCUUCUUCUACAUCUACGUCUACGUCUUCUUCGUUAGCGGGAGGAGGAGGAGGAGACGACGGCGACAACGACGACGACGUUUCCCAUUCCGCGGAUGGCCCCGAAAUCGACGAGGGUCGUCGAGACCAAGAUAAAGAGGAUAAGGAUGGGGAUGUGGAUAGGGAUGGGGGUGAAGGUGAGGAUGAGGAUGAUACAGAGCUGGCAGCUGCUAAGCACGGCAUCAAGCACCGGCUCGUUAGCAUCUCCUGUCGAGGUCGGUGAUGGACGAAAUCGGAAAUGGGAAAUCAGGAA